AUGUCUGGAUCGGCGAGUUCGUUGCCUCGAGUGAAAUGUUUCACGGGUGGUCGAGGAGAGGACUUGGAAGUCUUUCUGACAAAGUUUCAGCUCACGGCAGGUCAUCAUGGUUGGACCAACAAAGCCCAACGUGCCGCGCAGCUCCCCAUGUUCCUUGAGGGCCAAGCGUUUGUCGUCUGGAACCAGCUGAGGGACAGGGACAAAAAGGAUGACAAGACUAUUGCUUCGGCAUUGAGAUCGGCCUUUGGCCUGACGCCGGCACAGGCGUAUUCUCAAUUUGUGAAGCGUAUCCUACGUGUGGAUGAGAGUGUCGACGUCUAUGUGUCGGAUUUGCGCCGGCUUCUGGCCACCAGUGGACACAUGGAAACUUACGAUGGCAGGGACCCUCUGCUGCUCGAGCAGUUCCUCGCUGGUUUGCCACCAGAUUUUGCUCUCCAGCUGAGAAUGCAGCUGGCGAUCAACGACCUGACCCUGGCCCAGUGUGUCGGCCAGGUGCGGACCCUGCGCGCCUCUCAGAGUUUGCCGAGACCUGCUGGCAGCGUUGUGGCCAGCGCAUCGGGAAGUCGUUCAACAGUGACGUGCUAUCACUGUAAGCAGCCAGGUCACAGGAAACCGGAUUGUCCCCAACGUCAACGGCCAUCGUCACACAAGGGUGGCAAUGGAAGUUCUGGCGCUAGUGGCAGUGGCAAUGGUGGUCAGUCUGGUGGUAGUGGUCGGAAAGGCCCGAAGUGUUUCAAGUGCCAAGAGCCAGCAUCGACUGGUUGUCUGGCCGCUACUGUUUCACCGGUACCCCGCGCAGUUUCGCCUCUGCCGCGCAUCAUUGUUGACGUGGUGUCUGGUGAGACGACCCAUGAGUACGGUGCUGCUAUCGACAGCUGCUCAACCCAGUCGUUUGUCGCUGCCCACGUAGUGUCAGCCCUCAACCUGGAUGUGUCCCCGUGUUCCAGCUCCAUAGUGAGUGUCACUGGCGAUCCGGUACCGGUUCUCGGCUCCGUAUCCAUGCGGCUUGGCCGCCACAGCGCUGCCGUCCAGCUACCGGACACGGAAUCGGCAUUUCUCGUGGUGGACGAUCUAGCGUCAGUCGACGCAGAUGUUCUUCUUGGUGUGGACAUUAUCUCGGGCCAUGGUGGUGUCGUCUUGCAGUAUGAUGAAUUGACCGGCCAGCUGUGCAGGGCUCAGUUCGGGAGUCUGCCUGAGACACCUAGCGUGCCGCCACCAGACAGCAGCAGUAGUAAGAAUUUGUCUCGUCAUGUGACAAUAUCUGAGGAGAAUGGUGUGGUGCGCCUUGAUAUGAGUGAUGGCACCGCUACCUUCAAUCCAGCAGACGGCUACUGGGAAAUCGCAUGGAGGUGGUCCGCUGGUAAUCCCCCCAAAGACCGAGUCGGUAGUGGUCUCGGUGAAUACUCACGCAAGAAGCUCUCUGAGGAACAAGAGCAGCUGUUUCGAGCUGAGGUGCAGAUGUGGAUUGACCAAGGAUGGCUAGUACCACACGAUGCUGAGGUGCAUGGUUCACCCAUUGCAGUCUUGCCACUGCUUGCUAAUUGUCAGGAGCACAAACUGUCGACUCCCGUAAGGCCUUGCCUUGACUACCGUGCUCUCAACCAGCUCAUUGUGUCAAACCCCGGCAAUGAUGUGCCGGUCUGUCCCGAGAAAAUCCGUGAGUGGCGUCAACGUCCCAGUGAGUCCACUGUUCUCGACAUUCGGAAAGCAUAUCUCAACAUCCGUGUCCAUCCCAGUUUGCUGCCAUACCAGACCGUCCUUUGGCAGGGGAAGACGUACGUGAUGGAGCGCAUGGGCUUUGGGCUUUCAGUAGCGCCCAAACUCAUGGAUGCUAUCGUGAAGUAUUCACUCCGAGACUUUGGUUCGGCUGACAACUUCAUCGACGACAUUGUCGUACCUUGUAACCAAGCGGAUGCAGUAGCUGAUUGUCUCACUUCCUAUGGCCUGCCUACAAAACCUGCCGUGCCGUUCCCAGUUGCCACAAUUCUCGGUCUGCAACUCUCUGCGGACGAUAGUGGCAAGCUGUCCUGGAGGAGACGACAAGAUGUCGAUCUGAGCGAAUCACCAUUGAUGAAAAAACGUGAUGUGUUCAAGUGGUGUGGGAAGGCAACCAGUCACUACCCCGUAGCAUCAUGGCUGCGUCCACUGUGUUCGUGGAUGAAGCGCCUGGCAUGUGCUACCGCUGCACCCUGGGAUCAACCGUUGCCGGAUGACUUGCAACGUCUCUGCGAGGACGCUUGCAAGCGUGCCCUGCAGGAAGACCCUGUACACGGUGUGUGGUCUGCCCCUGCUGGAAAUGAUUGGUCUGUCUGGUGUGACGCAUCCGACAUUGCUUACGGCUGCGUGCUGAAUGCGAACGGUCAUGUGGUGGAGGACCAGGCUUGGCUCCGGAAGGAGGACGACCGCCGACAUAUUAAUGUGGCAGAACUGGACGCUGCUGUGAACGGUCUCUCUCUUGCAGCCAAGUGGAACUUGUCACGUGUAACGCUGUACACUGAUUCCAAGACUGUCUAUGGUUGGCUCUCUGGCAAGCUGGAGGCAUCGCAUCGCGUCAAAGUUGGUGGAUUGCAGGAGGUCGUGGUUCAGCGCCGCCUGCAGAUCUUAGACGACAUGGUGGAGGCCACAGGUAUGAGCGUGUCUGUCCAAUGGGUGCCGUCGGCUAAGAAUCUCGCUGACCGUCUUACCCGUGUUCCCAGCCAAUUUGUGCAGUACUGGAAGACAGUGCAGAAGUCCAAGACUCCGUCCGUAAGUGCUGCCGCUCCUGCGGUACCUCGCUGUGUGCCCUUGUCAGAAAUCGCGGCACAACAACAGCUAGAUUCGGUGAUCCAUGCGACUAUUGCUGAACUGUCUGCUGGUGGAGAUGUGUCCGCUACGGAAUUCGCCAGGGUGAAGUCGCAGCUCACGACUUGUGACGGCAUCUUUUUCCGUACUGUCAAGCUCCCGCCCAACGAUGUCAAGUGUGUUCCGGUGGUACCUGUUUCCUUGUGUGAUCAGGUCGUCAGCUCUGCUCAUGAGUCCACUGGUCACAGCAGUUGGGAGACUACUUACCAGUUUCUCCGGUCUACCUGUUACUUCCCGUGUAUGGCUGAGGCUUGUCAGCGGUUUGUGCAGCAGUGUCCCCAAUGUGCAGCUGCCAAUGCUGCCAAAGGUCCCUGUGCUCCUCCUACUCGUGCAGUUAUCGCCGAUGGUCCCUGGGAUGUUGUCCAGGUCGACACACUGGAGCUUGGUGGCGGCAACUCGUACCAUUGCGUCUUAGUGUGUGUUGACACCUUCACCAAGUGGGUGGAGGUGGUUCCCCUUCGGCAUCAUGAUGCUGCCAGUGUUGCUCAUGCGCUCGUCUCUGUUUGUGCUCGGUGGGGUCCGCCCCGGUUGCUUCGCUCCGACAAUGGCACAGAGUUUGUGAAUGCCAUCACUGAUGCGCUGUUUUCGAGGUUUGGCAUCUCCGUGCAGCGUGGAGCAAUCCGUCACCCUCAGUCGCAGGGAUCUGCUGAGCGGUUCAACCGCACCCUGCUCACGUUGAUCCGGAAAGUGCUUACCGACGCCGCCGACUGGAGGGCCGAGUUGGAUUUGCUCCUUUAUCACUACCGGAUUCGAUCCCAUGCCGUUACAAAAAUUCCACCGAUGCAUGCCAUGUGUGGCUGGACGCCACGAGAUCUGAUUGUUGAGAGUGUGACUGAUCCGGUCUCUCUGAGUGCAUGGGUGGAUGGCCUCGCGCAGCGUAGUGCUCGUAUCCGUGAUCACCUCGAUGCUGCUUUGUCCGCUGUCGAUUUCCAGGAAUCCGAUUGGCAGUGCCCGUACGCUGUCGGGGAGAACGUCCUCUUUCGUCGUCCUGCGCGUCACCAGAAGUGUCUGUCGCCAUUCGAAUCUGGCUGGCAUGUGAAGCACCUAGUUUCCCCAUCCACUGUUGUCAUUGCCCGUACCAAUGGUCAGGGUGAAAAAGUCGUCAACAUUGGCUUGCUCAAGCCCGUCUAUCAUGCUGCUCCUCCGGGGGAUGAUUUGCUCAUUCCUGAUGCUGCUGCUCUGAAUGCUGUCCCGGUUGUUCAGCGAGCGCUGCGUGACCGAUCUGCCUUACAGCCUCCUGUGCGUUUUCGAGACACUGGUUCUGCAUGA